CUAAAUAUUAAAAAAAAGCACUCUUUUUCCACUUAAAGAUGAAUAUAUCCAUACAAAAAAAUUCAAGGUAUGUCAUGAAUUUUGAAAUGUGAUUGUGUAAAAAGUAUGAAAGAUAUGAAAAAGUUGAAUUAAUGUGAGAAAGUCUGUGAAUGUAUGUAUUAGUGGGAAGAGCGUAAAGAUGAGGGAGUUUGAAGUGCGUUCUGCCAUUGUAACUUAACUUCAAAGUUCAAUAAAGUUUUAAGCCAGAAUGUAUGAAACGUGGAACAUUUUGACAUUUUUGGGAGUUUCUAUCUGAAAGUAUGAUGUAAUAGAUAAGAGCUGAAAAAGCUUGAAAAACAUUCUGAAACAUCCUUUGUGACAUCACUUCCUGUUGGAACCAGUUGGCUCGAUCCUUUGAUCUGAACUUCCGUCAGUGACAUCGUUGUGAUGUCAUGACGCAAGUUUAUAAAUACACGUGGCUUUACAGAGAAAUAGUUCAACAGUUUACAAGUAUUUGUUACUUACAAUCGCCAAAAAGCAACCAAAAUGGAAAACCGACAGCUGAUCUAUGAGAUUGAGAUUCUCCGCCAAGCCAACGAGACUAUGGAAGAAUAUAUACGUUACAAUGAGAAGCUGUGUAGCAAAAACGACGAACUUAAGCUAAACAAUGAGCAACUCGCUCGUGAUAAUAAUCACCUGGCCGUUCAGAUCGAGGUGCUGAAGAAGGAAAACAGGGACCUGCAAACAACGCUGGACAACUACAGCCAUAAAUUACAGAGGGAAGCCGUGUGGAGGACGAAAAAGGCUUUGCAAGAGGAGAACGAGAGGCUGCAGGAAACAGUCAAAGACCUAACACAGAAGCUCCAGUACCCGAGUUAUCGAAGAUGGUAUGAUAGCGUAUUCGGCUCUAAUCAGUCCGAGUCGGAGAAGGAGGGCGAGCAGGAGAGGCAGGACGCACGGGGCAGGGAGGAGGAAACGGAGGGAGAGGAAAGGAAGAUGGCGACGGAGGACGAGAGGGACAUGGAGAAGGCCGAGGACAGGGGAGAGCAGUGCAGCGAAGACGAGAACGUGGAAUUUAAGACCUGGUUAGAGUUUUGGACAAACUCUGAAGUGAAGCAGAAAGAGGAAGAGGAGGAUGAGAUGGACCUUUUCGUGCAGGCUGAAAGCACCGUCUGCACUGAGUGGAACACGGGAAAGGCUGAGGGCAGGGAGGAAGAGGAGGAUGAGAUGGACCUUUUCGUGCUGGCUGAAAGCACCUUCUGCACUGAGGUGGCCGACUCUGGAGAAACCCUCCAGAAAAAGCCUUCUCGGUGGAAGAGAUUCUUAAAGUUCUUCACCCGUGGAUCCAAGAAGAAGAAGAAGAACAAGAAGAAGAAGAAGGAGGAGUCCAAAACAGAUGGCGACGGUGACAGCGACCAACAGCACCCACCCAAAGAAGAAGAACCGAUACCAGGAUGUUCUUACAUGAACGCCGAUGGCUGGGUGGCUUAUCCUACGAGGAACCAACCAAACCCAGGAAGGGGGUCCUUGAAGGUUUCUUAGUCAGCGUUUAAGAUUUUGGGAGCUUUUCCUUGCCCACUUGACUCUGCUCUU